UGUUUCGUUUUUGUUUUACCAAAUUUUUGGUUUUACUUCUGACAAGUUUUCCCGCUAUCCGGAAGAAUGCUACAACCAUUCCCAAUUCUGUUCCUGCCACUUCUGCUAUCGGCACUGGUACUAGUACUGCCAAUGGAGCGCGCAGUAUUGGCCGAUGCCGAUACUCAGGCGGCGGCUGCCUGCAGCAGCCUGCAACGGGCCGACAUUGAGCGGCGCUUGUCCACCAAGACACCCUAUAGGGUUAUAGCUAAUUACGAUGAGACGCCGCCGCAGUACGCGGGCUGCCACCCUACUCGAAUCUGGUCGGUCAUUCGCCAUGGCAGCCGGAAUCCCAGCAAAAAGGUCAUAAUGCGCGCCCAGCAGCGUCUCGUGGAGUUGCAGCAGCGCCUGCUCAGCCAGCCACAUCCUAAUCUCUGCCCAGCCGAAAUGAAGCAACUCCGUGAAUGGAGCUGGGGGCAUCUGAACGCCGCCGAGGAUGAGAAGCUGCUGGUGGCUGAGGGCGAGGAUGAGCUGAUAGAGCUGGCCGAACGCAUGCAGUUGCGCUUUCCCUCGCUCUUGCCGGACAUGUACGACCCAGCCUGGUAUUACAUGAAGUACACGGACACCCAGAGGACGCUGAAGAGCGCCCAGAGUUUUGCAACGGGUCUGUUUGGCCGUCAUCGCAUACACGCGGUGCGUUAUCCCCGACCUGUGUAUCGGGAUCCUGUGCUUAGGUUCUAUAAACUCUGCGACAGAUGGAGAACUGACGUCGAUAAGAAUCCCGAAACUUUUAUUAAUGCACGCCGGUUCACCGAAGAGCCGGAGAUGCAGUCAGCAGUGGAGCAUGUGCGGGGCAGCACCCAGCUGCCGGACUUGGGCCCCGAGGAUGUGGAGCUUAUGUAUAUGGUGUGCGCCUUCGAGACAUCCUGGCAGCGUCGACGGCAGCGCGAAUCGGUCUGGUGCAGCUUCUUCGAUGUGGAUGCCUUGAGGGCCUUGGAGUUUGCCAAGGAUCUGGAGUACUAUUGGAACGAUGGCUAUGGCUAUGAGCUGACCCAUCGCAUUGCCUGUCCGGCGAUAGCAGAUAUGUUUUCGGCCAUCGACCCAGUCUCCCAGGCCAUGCCCCGGGCCAAUGCCACGUUCUACUUCACCCAUUCGGGUACACUGCUGAAGCUGCUGGCCCAUCUCGGCCUGGCCAAGGACAAGGAGGCACUCACACACAAGCAUUUUGGCAGCGAGCGUCUCUGGCGCACCAGCGAAAUCGAUGCCUUUGCGACCAACUUGGCUUUUCUGCGCUACGAAUGCGAGCAGGAGCCGCCUCGUGUCCUGGUGCUGCACCAGGAGCGUGCAGUCCGCCUGCCAGGUUGCCCACAAGACGAGGACCUGUGCCCGCUGGCCACGAUCCGCCGCCUAUAUGCGGACAGUGUGGAGCGCUGCGACUUUGAGGCCCUCUGCCAAGUCGACGACACCAAAUGAGAUGCCUGUCUGCUGCUGCUGCUGCUGCUGCUGCUGCUCCGAUGCUCUGCUGCUCCGCUGCUCUUCUGCCACAGUGCAGAACUCUGUGAAGGGAUUCAUCGGAGUGUUUAGAAUACAAAACGGAAAUUGAAUAGAUUGCAGAUGGAAUAGAUGCGAAUUGGAAGUGAAACCCCACUUGUAGGGUUAGUUUGUAAGAGAGACAGAUCACAGAGUGGAGUUGGUCGCAGAUCUGUGUGUUUUCGAUGCCUUAUAGUCAG